AUCGCAAAUCGCACUUUAUUUCCCAUUGUUUUGGGAAGGUCUGUUUACUCUGUUUCGCGAAUUUAAUCUGUAUUACCUUAUCUAAUCAAAUAAUGGUCUUUUGAUCACGAAAAAAUCGUGUAGUAUAUACAAGUGUUACUAGAUAAUGUAUUAGGUAGUCAAGUCAAUUAUUCAUCAAAGCGUAACGCGAAGUGGCUGGGUUAAUUUAUUGUUUUAAGUUGGAAUUUCGACAAAUGUGAUUCGGUGUCGCUAUGGAGGAUUAUAAGUUUCUCUUUAAAGUGGUGCUAGUUGGUAAUGCUGGUGUGGGGAAGACAUGCCUGGUGCGAAGGUUCACUCAAGGUCUAUUUCCUCCCGGGCAAGGUGCUACGAUUGGGGUCGAUUUCAUGAUAAAAACAGUUGAAGUCGACGGUGAGAAAGUGAAGCUACAAAUAUGGGACACAGCAGGGCAGGAGCGCUUCCGCUCCAUCACGCAGAGCUAUUACCGAUCAGCGCAUGCACUCAUACUCGUGUACGACAUAUCUUGCCAGCCCACCUUUGACUGUUUACCGGACUGGCUACGGGAGAUUGAAGAAUACGCCAGUAAUAAGGUGCUGAGGAUAUUAGUAGGUAACAAAACGGACCGCGAAGACCGCGAGAUCCCGCGGCACAUCGGUGAGGACUUCGCGCAGCGGCACGGAAUGUACUUCCUGGAGACGUCCGCCAAAGAGGCCGACAAUGUGGAGCGGCUGUUUAUGGAGAUAGCUGUGGAACUCAUGGAGCAAGCGAAAUGCAAAGAACUACCGAAGUACGACGGCAGCCUAGGGCCCAUCAACGGUAAGACUACGUCCGUCGGCGAUACCUCAUGCUGCUCGCGCUCCUAAAAUACACCUUAACUUCUUGCAAUAAGAGUUACAUAUGAUCAGUUAGUUUUGUUAACAAUUAGUAUCUAUAGUUGAGUCAAACAUUCGCUGCACGCGAAUAUGUAGUGUGCUCUCUGUCACACCUACUUACGGCGGGCGGCGUUCUGUCUCUUUUGCUAUCGCGUGCAGCGAGUUUUGAACACAACUAUGACAUCAAGUUGUACCUUAACUCAAUGCAAUAUGGUUUAAUUUCGACGAACCAUGACUGCCUAGGACCCAUCGUUAGCGCUCGUAAACAUUUGACGGGGUAUCUGUAUGUAUUAACUGCCGCUUCUGCACCUUAGCGCAGCAGCGCUAUCUAUUGACCGGAAGUUAUUUAAAAGCCCAUCUCAGCUCCAUCCAUUGAGCGCUUAGAGCUGCGGUAAAAAUAUCUCAAUUUCUGUUCAACUGAUAGCGCUGGAGGAACGUGAUUUUAUAUACGUGAUAUUGUGUCGGGCUUCUUGUUUUAUUAGUCCACGAUUGACAGCAUCUUGGCGCUGUGGACACGAA